AGCAGUUCUGGUGCAUUCGGUUGGGAGGAGCAGGCCGGUAGCGUGUCGUCGUUUCAUCGGAUUGGAUCCUUUUGUUUUCAUUUUGUCUCGUCUCUCGCAGCCUUCACGUUGACCCUUUUUUCGGUAUGUUUUACUAUUGCGUCUUUUGGAGCGAUGUUUAAGGGUAUAGAAGACCGUCCUGGCGCGAUGGGCCCGGUUGGUUUCAUACAUCCAUUCGCGAGUCACUGGGGCUUCUCGUUCUUAUUUUCCUUCGAUCGGCAUGAGCUUUCGCACUUUUCCUCUUUCGUCGUUGUGCAUCUGAUGAAAGACAUUGCUUGUUUCGAUCGCAGUGUGACCAGACGUGGAGGCUCUAUCAUGGCAUUGCAUUCUAGAUAUUUGUUCUAUCUUCGCGCUUGUCUUGUUUUAUUUUUUUUUUCCCAGUUCAUCUCUGCACUCUUCGGCAACAGGAAUCAUUGGAGAAUCACGGUAUUGAUCACGGAUGGGAUACACUGGAACGGACUCUGUUGGGGUGUUGGGGAUAUUCCUUUUGAGCCAUGAAGAUUUUUAGCCAACGGCGGAUUUCAGAUAUGUGAAGCAAUGGGUAGGGAAUCGUGAGUGCAACAGGGUUGUUCUGAAUGUCCAUAAAUGAU